UUCCCUUUCCGAUUCGGUGGCAGCUGCAGGGAGCCAGGCACCAUGGCUACCAUGGGGAUUCAAGUGUUGGGCAUCACCUUCUCGGUCAUUGGCUGGCUGGGCACCAUCCUCUGUUGCGGCCUGCCGAUGUGGCGCGUGACAGCUUUCAUCGGCAACAACAUCGUGGUGGCCCAGAUCAUCUGGGAUGGCCUGUGGAUGACCUGCGUGGUCCAAAGCACCGGGCAGAUGCAGUGCAAGAUCUAUGAGUCCAUGCUGGCCCUGGCUCAGGACAUGCAGGCUGCCCGGGCGCUGGUGAUCAUCGCCAUCGUCCUGGCGGUGGUGGGCAUCUUUUUCGCCAUCCUUGGCGGGAAGUGCACCAACUGCGUGGAGGACGAAUCGACCAAGGCCAGGGUUGUCAUCUUCUCCGGCAUCAUUUUCAUCUUGUCCGGCAUCAUGCUCCUCAUCCCCCUCUGCUGGACCGCCAACACCAUCAUCCGGGACUUCUACAACCCUCUGGUCACUGAAAGCCAGAAGCGGGAACUGGGCGCCUCCCUGUACAUCGGCUGGGCCUCUUCUGGCCUGCUGCUCCUCGGUGGGUCCUUGCUGUGUUGCAACUGCCCCCCGAAAAAUGAGAAGCCCUAUUCCGCAAAGUACACGGCAGCCCGAUCCAUGCCGACCAGCAACUAUGUCUAAAAAUCAGCCCGUCUCCCU